CAUCAGGCAGCGUUCAAGCUCCCAGGUGGAUCGGACGGACACGCCCUCUCCUGGGAGAACGACGUACAGGUAAAUGGUUAUGGAGAAAAAAACCAAAACUGGAUCAACUGGUUUCGGUGAACUAUCCGCUUUAUGAAAACCACCACAAGUCUCGCAGAGCGGUGGGAAGUCUCCAUCCAUUUUUUUCCUUUUUUUUGUUGUUGUUGAGGGAGCACCAUCGACCGUGUAGUGAGUGAAAACAACCGACAGUAUCAACACGAGAAGGUCACAAAGUCUUACUGAACACCUCAGCAAGCAGCAACGGAAUAACUAAACACUAAACAAACCCAAACUUAGACAAGCUAAUGGAGCGGUACGAUCAACUGGAUUUGGACUUGGAGUGCGACGGAGGAGACGUAACUCAGAAAGCAACGUUAUUCGGCGGGAUGUUCAAAAAAUCCUCCAGGUCUGCAGAACCAUCCGUCCAAGCUCAGGACACUUUAUCAGUCACCAGUGAACUUUCAAAAAGCAGCGACAGUCUGACUGACAGCAGCGCCAAGGAGAAAGGAGGCAUGUUUAAAGGAAUGUUUAAGAAGACGACCAAAGCUGCCAAAGAGGGUCAGCCACAGGACAGCCUCUCAUUACAAAACCCUGAAUUCUCUGUCAGUAGCGACAGCUUAACAGAGAAGCCUUCAAAAGAGAAGUCAGGUGUGCUGGGUGGGAUACUGAAACGAUCUCCUAAACCAGGUCAUGUCCGGAGGCCUUCACAGGAUCUUUUGGACGCCGACUUCGCAGCCGGUAACGACAGCUCGUCUGAAAACACCACAAAUAAAGAGACAGGCGGGAUGUUCAGCGGGAUGUUUAAAAAACCUCUAAAGGCUUUCGGAUCGAGGACACAGUCUCAGGACGAUUUGUCUGCCCCCGGCGAGCUCUCAGGCAGCACCGACAAUCUCUCUGAGAAUAACAACACUAAGGACAAAGGAGGAAUGUUUACUGGUGUGUUCAGAAAAAAAGGCACUAAAUCUCAGUCUCAGGAUGAUUUGUCUCUGGAAGGCGAACUCUCUGCCAGCAGUGACAGUCUCGCAGAGAAGACUUCAAAGGGUGAAGCGAUAGUGAAGAUCCUGAAGAAUCCUUUCACCUCCUCAUCUCAGGGAAAGGAGAAGGCCGAACGCUCAGGAGAGUCAAAUGAGAAUUUGUCUUCUACUGAGAAGCCCAAAGCCAAGCAGAACGGUUUCAGUGCGAUGAUGAAGAGCACGUUCUACACUGACAAGCAGGAGAAGAACGCCGACUCUGGCUGUGAGGAGGUAUUGGACAGCGGAGAGGUUCAGCCCAGCCACAAGCAGAGUAAACUUGCUGGGGCGAUGACAAAGCUGAAUCCCUUUCGAUCCGCAAACAAACAUGAGAAACAGGCGACCUCAGAUGACGAAGAUGCGCCUGCGAGCAGCGAGAGGUCAUCGGGCAACAAACAGAGCACAGUGGUUGGAGCCAUGUCCAAACUGAACCUGCUCCGAUCUGCGAAUAAAAAAGACGCUGAAGACACAGAGACACUCAAGAAGGACGAGAAACAAGUGGAAGAGAAGCCAAAAGUGGUCAAAAGCAACAUGAUCCAGCGAGAGAGGAAAGACAGAAGUGAAACGCCACCGGUUCCACCCAGACCAGCUGAAGAGGAGCUGAAGAGGACAUCCACCCACGGCCCCGUAAAACCAAGAGGAACGGAGGAUAACCAGGACUUCAAGGAAAUGAUCUCCAGAGAGAAAAAAGCAAAACCUGCAGAAACGCCGGCCAGACCCUCAGAGGAGGAGCUGAACAGAGCAGAGAGAUGUGGUCAGCCAAAGCAGAAGAGCAACCAUCAGAACCAGUCAGAUGAUGAAUACCUCGGAAAAGAUGAGUCUGCUGAAGCCAAAGAGGGGGACGAGGCGAACGCUCCCGAGAGCAAAGCAACCAAGCUGAAGAAACACAAGCACCAUAAUCCGUUCAUGCCGCGUGUUGCAGCCAAGGCUCCAUCUGAUGAUGAAGGGCUGAAAGAAGAAGACGAGUCCUCAUCCAAAGAGGCAAAACAAGACGAGGAGACAAACGUCAAGAAGCCAAAGAGACACAACCCCUUCAUGCCUCGGGUCAAGGCUCCGUCUGAUGACGAAGGGCUGAAAGAAGAAAAUGAUUCUUCUUCCAAAGAGGAAAAGAAAGACGAGGAGGGCAAAGACAAAACAGAGGAGACAAAAGUCAAGAAGCCAAAGAGACACAACCCCUUCCUGCCUCGGGUCAAGGGCAAAGUUAUACAGAGGAACACACAGGACGGCGGUGCAGGCAACACAGCUGAGGAUGAAGGUACAAACAGGUCCUUGUUUGACCAGCUGGAGGAUUUUCGUAUUGACCCAGCACAGCCUGAAGACAGAGAGGAUGUGGAGAAUCUUAUGGAGUGGUGGAGCACAGUGGAGUCUUGGGAAGACACGCCUCAAGAUGAUGACAUGACAGAAAAAGAAGAGGCCAAGGCUUUUGCUGUGACGGCAGAGAAGGUGCAGAAGGGCAUCCGUGUCUUCAACAAGCUGUUCUCAGAGCGCGCUGAGAGCCUCUGGCAGCAUGUCAUCGACCUCAACAGCAUCGCAGACGGUCUGGACAAGUUCAGCAAAAACACAAAGAUUGCACAAAUCACCGGUGGCUCCACCAGUGCCAUCGGGGGCGUGGCCACCAUUGCCGGCCUCGCCCUGGCACCGGUCACCAUGGGAACCUCCUUGAUUGUGACAGCAGUGGGAUUGGGUGUCGCCACAGCAGGCGGUUUGACAUCAGCAGGUGCCGGCAUCUCCAACCAGGUCAACAACUCAAUGGACCGCAAGAAGGUGGAGAAGAUUGUGCAGGAUUAUCAGGAGAAGAUGGUCGACCUUAACAAGUGCCUGAAAUUCAUCAAGCAGGGUAUCGAGAACCUGAAAAGGUUCGACCUACUCAAGAUGAAAAAACAUGCCUACAAUCGUGACUUCCCUGUGCUCAGCACUAGUUUCUAUGAGGACGGUGCCAUGGCAGGAAAGGCGAUCCUAAUCAACGCUAAUGAGAUCAUGCGUGUGGUGCAGAUUGCCAACGUGGCAGGCAGCACAGCAGCCAGAGCAGUCCAGAUCGCCAGUAUGGCCACUGGUGUGCUCACCGGGCUCUUCGUAGGUAUGGACAUCUACUUUGUGGCCAAGGACUCUAAAGAACUCAAAAAAGGGGCCAAGUCAGAGUUUGCUGCCAAAAUCAGGGAGGUGGCUACACAGCUGCACGACGGUCUGGUGGAGCUCAAUGCAAUCCGAGAGGAGCUGCAGUCCACCACGCCAGAAAACAAGGACGCAGGCAGUGAUAUAGCUGAUCCGGACAGUGACAAAAAAGACAAAGAUAACAAACAUGACAGUUCAGAUGAAGAUGAAAUCGACCGGAUUAAAAAAGCCAUUAAAAAGGACAUUGAGAACCGAGAAUAUGUUUGACAUAAACUUAAAAACCGUCCUUUACUUGUCAGUUUCCCAGUUCUCCUGCAAAACAUUUUCAAUGCACAUUUGAAUGCACGGGCUCAAAGCUCCGGCAAACCUCUGCAUUAUUAGCAUCUAAGAGGUGGUUGGUGCCUACUUCUUGAAAUGGAAAACCAGAGAGGAGACUCUCACUGUCAUUGAUAUACACUUGUUUCUAAAACUGUCAUGAAGCUGGACUUUGAGGAGCCUUACUUCUUAAGUCUAAACAGCAUUUACUCUUCCGGAAGGGAUCUGAGGUUUUUCAGUAGAUAAAGCAUCGUAUCUGCAUCUCAAGCAGUUGUGCCAAUGUGUGAAACUGCUGUGUUGCUUAGAGUUUCAUAAAGGUGUGUUGGUUCAUAUUGAAACACAAGGUAUUUUGAUGCAAUGUAGAAUUUAAUUCCUUAUGUUGUUUUAUUUGGAGGUCGGGGCUGAAACAAAACUAUCUGUGGAAGUUUUCCAAGUCUUGUUUGACUUGGUGAUAUUUAUCUCAGAAUGGUAGUAAUAUUUGUUUGAGUGUUUUUACAAAAGAGACAAUAAAAUGACAAAAUCACGCUGACAAAAAGACAGAAUGGGGUUCCACCAACUGUUGGUAAAACCGUCAGUAUGAUUUUAAGUUCUUAGUAGCUACUAGCUACUUUCAGUCAAAGUGGGUUUGCACAAUAAAACUAAAGGAAUUUUUUAAGCUAGUAAAGGCUUUAAUGUGUAAAUAAGUUGAUAGAAACAUCUGUAGUGUCAAAAGCAGUCAAGUGAAGCCUUUUACUGUAGUGUAACUUUUUUGAUUUUUUUAUGUAGUUUGUGGUAUAUGUUGUUUCUUCGCUCUAAAGUAAUUAUUAAAUAGCAUUUGUGUGUCAGGUCAGAUAUGUCUGCCAUGUUUAAUUUUAUUUCAGUCUACGCUGUGGCCUUAUGUUAGCAACAGUAAGCCUAUCGGUUGUAGCCGAUGGUUCGUUAGCUUAGCUAACAUUAGUGUCAUCAUUUGGCUUAUUAGCUGGGCUACCGUUCCACCUAGCAGCUGCUGGACGUCAGUAUUAGCAGCAGCUAAAAACUGCCUUAUUUCAGACUGAAUUGUCAGCUCAUUACACUCCCUUUCCGUCUGAACUUCAUAUUUAUUUGUCUCGAUCAGGGUGUUGUUCAUUCGGUGAUACCUUUUUACGUGCAAUAUAUUGUAGAACUUUAUGUGUAAUAAAUGUAAAACUGAUUAUUAAAGGGCAUAAAACAUUU